AUGACUUACCUCCCUUCUCCACUCAUUGCUCGACUCUUCUUCUUUCUCCGAACGAUCGACGACGCAAUAAAUUUGGUAUUGGUGUGUAAGAAGUGUUUGAUGAGUUCGCUUUCAUUGUUAAUCAAUCCGUAUUACCCGAUGUAUCCCCAUUACUCGAAAUGUGUUGAAGCUCGUGACGAGCGGAAAGAUGUUUUACGCGAACUCCGCCUCUUUCCAAAAAUCCAAAUUCUUCAAUUUCGAAAUGAGCUUCAAAUGGAAGAGAUUCAACCAUAUAACUUCAUUCGUGUGAUGACGGGGAAAGUUCCAUUUGGACUUGAAUCUUUACGUAACAAAAUGGUCAAACAAAUCGAAGAGUCUUUCUUUGCACCACUCUCAACAAGCUUAAGACAACUCUACAUAACAAUAGCAAUGGAAUCACUUCCUGAUUCUCAAUCAUGUGAUGGCAAUGUUAUGCUACAAAGACUUGAUUGUGAACUCAAAAACAUAACCAAUUUGCAAUUUCUUCAAACACUGAAACUUAGGUUUGUAUCAAGAAAUGAAAACAUUGUGAAUGGUUGCGUGUUACAAUCGUCCACUUCAUUGAUAACGUUUAACGACCGAAUACUGUGGGUUGCAGAUCAUUUCAAAAACAAGGCAAUUUCAGUCAUUUUCGAACUUGAUUUUCCAAACCCAGUUCUUUUAAUUAAACUUAAACAGUUGUCCACAAAGUUUGUAAUGGUCACCAGCAAUGCAAUGAAUAUGGACAAAAAUUAUUUGAA